UGCCAGGCUGACAAACGGGCUCAUCACAACGCGCUGGAGCGCAAGCGCAGGGACCACAUCAAGGACAGCUUCCACAGCCUGCGAGAUUCCGUGCCCUCGCUCCAGGGAGAGAAGGCAUCCCGGGCUCAAAUCCUGGACAAAGCCACAGAGUACAUCCAGUACAUGCGCCGGAAAAACCACACACACCAGCAGGACAUCGACGACCUCAAGCGGCAGAACGCGCUGCUGGAACAGCAAGGUGGGAGCUGGGAUCCGAUACAGGGAUCAGGGAGCUGGGGUCCUGCAGG